ACUAGUCUUUAAUAUUAUUAUCAGCUAUGGCGUGGCAUAUUCAAAUGCAUAUUAUGGUCAAGGAAGCGGUCCAAUCAUAGUUGAUGAGCUGGGAUGUUAUGGGUACGAGUCUGAUAUCAGACACUGUAUUUCGAGAACAUGGCACCAGCAUGACUGUGGUCACUCUGAAGAUGCAGGCGUUGAUUGUUCCGCGUAUUAUUACGGACAUGAAAUGACGACAAUGCCACAAUACGCGAACGGAACGACCUUUCCCUGGGUGAUGAGAACUACCUCAUAUCACUGGUGGACACAUUACACCACAUAUAGCCUAUAUUUUCAAAAUGCCAUAAACGUGGAUUGUAAUGAAUUCACGUGGAACAUACUGGUUGACAUGAAUAAACUAAGACAGAUAUUUCCCAACGCUAAAGGGUCAGAUAUUUAUCUUGGAGAAAAUAAAUGCACUGGGAUAGAGAAGAAUGGUCACCUGACAUUUCAACAGGGUUUAGACGAGUGCCUCACAAGCGGGAGGUUGCAACAUGGACGAAAUACAUACAACAACGAAUUGAUAUAUGCAGAGCAUGAUCCUGUUUACACGUUCAUCAUACGCCAUUACAACUGGACUGUUAACGUAGAGUGUGACGUCACUAGUGACGGAAAUGGUUAUGGGUAUGUUGCCAGCGGGACAAGCUCGCCCUCUCCGAGUCUCUCAAGCCCACAGUACCCGGUCAACAUUUCGUACUAUGCAGACCCAAACUAUAUGAAAGAGGUGUCAGCAAGUCCAUUACAUGUGGCUGUAGGGGCACAAGUUUAUGUCAAGGUCUUUACAGAGACAUACGACUGGAACGCUAGAAUGAGAGUCGUUUCCUGUUACACUAAACCCACCUACAAUGCGCCUGAUCAUACAAAAUACUACCUUCUCGAGAACGGAUGUGAAGUUGACACGAACACGCAUAUAAUUUCACAGUCCUCACACGAGACUAAAUUUGUCUUCGACAAUUUUGAGUACACAAGCAACCACGAGGGCAUCUACAUGUUUUGCGACACCAUCUUCUGCAACACGCAUGAUUACUCGGCAAAAUGUAGGCAGUCUUGCAACCCGGUAAUUCGGAGGAAAAUUUCUGUGGAAAAUGUACCGUCUGAUGAUAAGGAAGCUGAUAAGUCAUCGGAUGUUACUAAUCAGGAUUCUUAAAGAAAGCAGACGACUCUAGUGAUGACCCAAAAAUGAUUGAAAUAGAAACAUAAUUGAUUUUUCUUGAUAUGAUUUAUCGACGGGAAAAUUUUGAUUUUCUUGAGACUACUUGACAGUUACAAUGAACAUUUAUGGAAUUUAUCAGAUUUAGUUAUUCUUCUGCACAGAAUUUUGAAUAUGAUUUAUUCAAAUUACACUUGUAUCCCUAUUUCGA